AUGAAAUUCAUAGUUGGAAUAAUUUCAGUGUUUGCAGUGUCAAUCCUUUCAACGUCAGGAAGCUCUGGAUUAGGCAGCGCAAUGUAUUCUUCUAGGUACGUCUCAAGGUACUCCUCCACAGGUGGUGGCUCCUCUUCACUACCCUACUUUUCUCCCUACUCUUCUCCCUACUACCGCGGCAGCUAUUUCCCCGGACCACCAUUUGGAACUGGGGUGGGUACUAGUGCACCCAGCCUGCCUCUUGGCUACUAA